AUGAUUGCGCUCAGGGUACACAACACACGCGUCGUAUCGAGGUCCUUAACCGUGUGGACGCGUCCCUCACCUACGCUUACUCUUUCCAGAAGUCUAGCCACAGAGUCAGAUGCGCUAGACAAACCCAAGACAAGAAGAAGAAAGACGGUCUUCACGGAUGCCCUCAAUUCUGGCCCUUCAUUCGACGACUUCGUCAGUGGUAAAGCAUCCGAAAUCAUGGAUCCUCUAGAAGCAGCCAGAAAAGACCCCAAUCAACGUCUUCCACUGUGGUUGAAAGUUCCCAUCCCAAAAGGGAAAUCGUACCACAACGUGAAGAAGGAUGUCCGGGAGUUGAAGUUGGCGACAGUUUGCGAGGAAGCGAAGUGUCCCAACAUCGGCGAGUGCUGGGGUGGGAAAAAGUCCGAAGCCACAGCUACCAUCAUGUUGUUGGGUGACACUUGUACUCGAGGAUGUAGAUUCUGCCUGGUGAAGACUAACAGAAAUCCUGCCAAGCCGGACCCCAUGGAACCGGAAAAUACAGCUGAGGCCAUCAGCCGAUGGGGAUUGGGAUACGUGGUGCUUACCACUGUCGACAGAGAUGACUUAGCGGACGGUGGAGCACAUCAUUUGGCAGAGACUGUCAUGAAAAUCAAGCAGAAAGCUCCACAAAUUCUUGUUGAAGUGUUGGGUGGUGAUUUCCGCGGUGAUUUGGACAUGGCCACUGUGUUGGCCAAGUCAGGAUUGGAUGUAUAUGCCCAUAAUUUGGAGACUGUAGAAGCUUUGACUCCAUUUGUCAGAGACCGUAGAGCCACAUAUAGACAGUCCUUGUCUGUGUUACAGAGGGCUAAAGAGACCAAAUCUUCCUUGGUGACAAAGACGUCGCUUAUGUUAGGUUUGGGCGAGACUGACGAACAGAUCUUGCAAACAUUGAAGGAUUUGCGUGAGAUCAACUGUGACGUCGUGACUUUUGGACAGUACAUGAGACCAACCAAGAGACACAUGAAGGUGGUCGAGUACGUAACACCAGAGAAGUUUGACUACUGGAGGGACACAGCAUUGGAGAUGGGCUUCUUGUAUGUGGCCAGUGGUCCGUUGGUCAGGUCUUCGUACAAGGCUGGAGAAGCUUUUAUUGAGAAUGUGAUCAGAAAGAGAAGACACAAUGUAGGUGAGGCUCCUCGGUUGGCCCAGGAGAUCCAGCCCAAGAUUUUCAGAGAAUAGUCAUGUAUUUAGCACAAGGGAAAGGGUUGUAGAUAAGUAUGAUAACUAUAUAAUAGACGCAACUAUAAG